AAGUCUUGUAAUAAUUAAGCAUCGCGAUCCUUCUACCAGCUGGCCGAGGGCUAUCCGACGAAAUAAAAAUUAUCUUCUAGAACUUCGACAAGAUUUAUUAAAAAACUAAGCCUUAGAGAGGGACGUCUCUUGGAUCAAACAACUGUGAUCUAAGGUAGCUGCUCCCGUUCAUAAACUCAGGUUGUUAUGGAAGCUGUUUUGAACUACAAAACUGAUGACUUGGAGGAUUACUACGGGUUAUUAGGAUGUGAUGAACUAUCGACGACUGAACAGAUUCUCAGUGAAUACAAGAUUCGAGCCUUGGCAUGUCAUCCAGACAAAAACCUGCAAAACCCAGGAGCAGUGGCAGAUUUCCAAAAGCUACAGGAAGCAAAGGAUGUUUUGUGCAAUCAAACCAAAAGAAAAAACUAUGACCUUUGGAAAAUAAGUGGUAUUACUGUUUCAUUUCACAACUGGUGUGCCUUAAAUGACUCUGUAAAAACGUCAGUACACUGGGCUGUGAGAGAUAGGAAGGAACCAAUGUUGGAGGCCUCAAAAGCACAAGUCCCAGGCUCUGCCCAAUCAGCAAGGACCUCUUUAUGUGAUGCCUUACCAUCUUCAAGUGAUUACUGCCAUCAACUUUGGCGUUUGGUUCCUGACUCAUCUACCAGUCUGCUGCAGAGGUUUAGAAAUUAUGAAAUAUAACCAAAUGACCUCUGAACAAGCACAAAUUUGACAGUUUAAUGUUAGUAAAUGUUAAUGAUUUUGUUAUUUGUUACCUAUUGGUUAUGUGUGUUGUCAUUACUAAUACUGAAGUACCUUAAAUGGUGAAUUUUGGGCAAGUUCAUAAUAUUGGGAAAACAUUAUUUUGAAUAAAUUUAUAAUUUAAUGUCUACAAUGUCUUCUACAUGGAAACAAAAAAUGCCUCUGCAAUUAUGAGUUUAAUGUGAAAAAGAUUAACUGUUUCAAUGGGCAUCAACAAAUAUCAAAUUGUGAAAAUUGUAGUGGAAAAAUAUUUAAUGCUGUGUAUUACUUAAUACUUUAUGAUUUGUGUGUUUCCACUGUUCAAUGUGACUCAGCAUGAUCCUCUCUACUGAAUAACAUAGUUUCCCUAAUCAAAGUACAUUGACAAGAAACCCCUGUAAAUUAACACAGAUGUACCCUAGCAAGGUACAAAGUCCAUCUUCUACUACUAUGUGGCAUAAGAUAUGUAAACAUAACCCUGUGCCUACGUGACUGUCUAGUAUGUGUGUAUGUGACUGGUAAGGUAUUAAACCUCUGGAUGGAGACAGAAGAGGGAAGCAGACUCCUGAACCUUAUUUUGUUGUGACUUUGUCUGUUCGAUUGUAGUUUUGCUGAUCAGAUUUUGAUUAAUUAUCUGUUUGAUUAACUUUCAUUACAAUAAAUUACUUUAAAUAUA